AUGUCUUUGAUUAAUCAAUACGAAACAUUAAAAACUACAGGAUCAUGGACAGAUCGAGUCAAAUAUGUUUUGUCUUUAUCUGAUAAAACCGAAAUUGAACAACAUCUGAAAAAAUCGGCUGUUUCAAUCUACGACGAUCUGCGAAUGUUGGUAUUUCUAUCCGCGUCAACGAAGAAUGAAAAAAAUCUCUUAGAAAUAUUUUCGAAUCAAUCGUAUCCGGUUGAACAACGAACACACGCUGGAAAAAUAUGGCUUAAAUUGCAAAAAGAUCAACAAAAAACGUCUGAUUUCAUCAUACAAACAAUCAAUGACAAAACUGUUCCACGUUUGAUUAAAAAUCGGUUUCUCAAAGGUCUUCAUCGAGUCGAUUGUUUGAAGAAGUCACCAGCAUUUUUCUACGAUCUUCUAUGCCGUUUGACUGAAGUCAAUCACCAUAGCCAAUACAACAUCGAUGCGCAUCUUCUACCAUUUUGUUCAGUACAAAAGAUUUUAGAACUUCUUUCCCGUUGGUCAAUUAAGAAUUUGACUGAGAUUGAUCGGAAAUCUGCACUAUACGCAAGAUUACUGUCGUGUCAACCGCUUGUCAUCAUUCAAUUAAUUAAAAAUGACUUCGAUGAAAAGAAAAAAGACAAAGAAGCCUACAAAAGUUAUUUUCCAGAAAAUCAACAACUGAUGAAAUCAUUGUGUCGAGUCCAACCAAAAGAGUUUCUGAAUUUAACCAUCGAAUAUAUAAAAAACCUCGAUAAACAUCAAAAAUGUCUUCCGUCUCUCAUCGAAAGCAACUUUAUAUAUUUCUUCAAAGUAGCGCCCAAUGAAACCAUUGAAUUAAUUACUACGGUAGCUGCGAAUAAGCCAGGUUCAAUUAAAACUCAAUCACAUUGGUGUUCCACUACAAACGAUCUCGAUUGGUUUGCAAUUCCUAGUUCAUUCUCAGUAGAAAAUUAUCUUCGAUUAUUCUCUGCUCUCUAUGAUACAUGUAAAUGGUCAGCAAAUAACACAAUUAGCCUUCUCCAAAUGAUGUUACAAUGUCAAAGUUCACAAAAGAGUCUGGGUGCAUUGAAAAAACAACGAAAAUGGUUAAUUGAUAUCGUGAUUAAUCAACGCAUUGGAAAAGAAGCAUUUUUAAAGAAGCUUUGCAAAGAAGGAGAUCAAGGUACACUCGAUUUACUAGGACAAUAUUCCGAACUGACAACACCACUCUCGGUUCAAUUAUUAUCUCAAGCCGAACGAAAAGGAAUUGUCGAUGCAAAAGAACGAUUAUCAUUUCUUCGUUAUCAAACAAUGACACAAGCUGUUUUCGAUGAAUUUCUGUCAUUAUUCAAAAAAACAGGUUCAGACGUAAAUCAACGCGUGAAGAACUAUCAAUUAUUUUUAAAAUGUGCUUUGUCAACCGACGAACAGUCCGUUGAGAAAGUUCUUCAAUGGAUUGAAAAGCGAUUUACAAAUGAACAAUUGAUAGUUCUUGAAAAUUUCGUCAAUCAACUUUAUGCACUCGAUGAUCGAUUUCAAUUCGAAAUCUUACCAAAGAAUUUGGAAUCCGUUCAAAAAAUUCUUUCACUUACACAAAAUCAUCUACAACGAACGGAAAAUACCUCCCAAAUAAUUACGAAAUACGCAAUUCGGAUACUCAAACGUGUUGAAACACAUGCGAACAAAGAACGCAAAGCAAAACUGCAAACGUUUGCUACACAAAUGAUGAAAGAAUGCUUUUCGAUUGAUCAAAAUAACUGUCUUCCAUAUACAGAUGAUUUACCAAUAUCUCAAGCAUAUCCUGAAACACGUCAAAUAUUUGCUGAGAUAUUUGUUAAUGAUUUGCUGCCGAAUCUCGUUUCAAAGCGUCACUUCGACAUGAUUCAGUCUACUUUGAAUGGUGCCAUACAGAAGAGUUGGUUGAUGCCACAAAUCGAUGCGUUUUUCCAGAAGUUUUUCACUGAAACACUUCCAUCAUCAGCACAGUUUCAAUCAGCAUUUCGUAUUAAUUCGCAUAAUUCAAUCGUGGAUCUUUAUCUAAAAAAUCCAUCGACUCGAUCAGAACGUGUGAAUCAGUUACUCAAACUUGAUAAACUAUUUUUUCUUGAGAAAUCUGUUCAACAGAAUAUUUUGCGUUCUCAACAACAUCGACAGAUGGUUGAUCAAUUAAUUGAAGAUGAAAAAUGUAUUACAUCUGAGAAAUUAACAGAUUCUGAAAGCAAAUUUGCAAAUACCAACGAUCGUGACGAUAGAGAUGUUAAAUUACCUGGUUUCGAAAUUAGUCUAUUGGCCAGUUUUUCACAUUUGUUAACUGGACAACAACAAGAACGUAUCACCAAUAUAAUUUUAAAUGAUUUUCUACAGUAUAAGGAUGUGAGUGUCGCGGAAAAAAUGUCGGCAUUGCACGUUCUUCGUCGUUUUCCACAUACAUAUCAGCGAACACUCGAAUGGAUACGAUCAAAAGAAGAUUCACAAUUGAUAACAAAUUCUACAAAUACAACAAAUCGACCGGGUCGUGGUAUAACAAAUGAAGCUCUCGGUGAUAUUAUUAAAUGUUUACCUACAACAUUCGAUUUGCCACCUGAACGAAUUUUCAAACAUUUCGAUUUCUUAAAAACGAAAUUAAAAGCAUCAAAUGCACGAUAUAUCAGCGAUGCUAUGUUAUGCAUUUCUCGUCGAAUCCCAGAAGACAUCUUCUUAGAACAAUACCUUCAAUUUAUUCAAGAUGAAAAAUUUCCAACAUAUGGUAUUACCGCAAACAAAGAAGUUCUUCGUUUAUUAACUGAAUUUAUCUCGAAGUCCGAUCUAGUUCAUCUAGUUAUUCAACCAUUUUGGGAGAAACAUCCUCAUCAGGAUAUUCGUGCCUGUCUUAUAUCAACAUUACUUCAUUUUAUUGGUCGAUCGAAAGAGCAAACAGUUCUUUGGCAAAUUCUUCAACAAGCUACUAACGAUGAAUAUUUACCAGUUAUUCAAUCAUUAUUUGUUACAGGUCGAGAUACAUCGAAUUCGCCUUUAUCACGAAUAAAAGCGUCUGGAAAAGAUGUUUUCAAAGCAUUUGUCAAUCAAAUACAGUUUGCAAUUUUAGACCAUCCAAGUUCCUUAGAAGCGCGAUCAACUGCUUGGUUAAAUAUUGACCAAGAAUACAGUGAUAUACAAAAAUUAACAGACAAAGCAGAAAUCAUUUGUACUCGAUUCGAUAAGGAAGGAAAUACGUUGUGCACAACUGCUUUCGAAACAAUUCUGUCGUGUUAUAAACAUCAAACAGAUCGUUCAUUGGAGCGAAUUAUUGAAAUUAUUAAAAAAGUCAUGGCACGUCGGGAUGAAAUCGAUUCAAAAGAAAAUGCGAUUGAUAAUCGACAUGAUUUACCGGUUUAUCAUCGCGUUCAAAGUCUGUUGACAACUCUUAAUAAUCAUUUGGAAAAAUUUGAUCACACGAGAAAAGUUUCAUUCCGAGCAAUAACUCCAAUCGUCUUUCAAUUUGAUAAAACAUUGGCUCCAAUAUUAGGAAGAUUACUGAUGAAAACAAUCGAAAAUAAAGAAGAACUUGAAGAUCUUUUCAAGACUCUACAAGAAAACUUACCAGAGAAAUAUUUCGAAUUUGUUUUAACUCAAUUAGCAAGCGUCAUCAAAGAUAAUAAUGCCUGUGCUUUCAUUCAUCAGUUGGAUACGAAUGAAAAACUCCAGUUUGCUCGUUGGUUUAUCAAAGAAAAAAAUCGCGGACUAGCUAUGUUCGAGCUCUUAAAAGAUACCGUAUUCAACCAAACAGAUGCUGAUCGACAACAAUGCCAAGAACUUCUUCAACAGCUAAGACAAUGUGAUAAUUUGUAUAUUCGUCAACAAGCCAUGGAAUACACAGUAGAAUGGAAAGAAGAAGGAGAUGAAGAUAGUGGUGAUAAUAACGAAUCUUCUGAUGAAGCAAUGGAAGACUGA